AUGCAACUGAUACGCCUGGAAACUGCAGUCAUACUUGGGAUCAUUGUUGUUCAGAUAUCCAGCAUCAGCUUUUCAUCUGCACCCUCUGACUGUCUGGCUGCUGUGGACACCUGCAUGUCAAAUCUAUGCAAGUGGAGUAAAGAGGCGUUUAAUGGCAACGUCUGUGAGGAUGAGGAGUGCCAAAUAAAAGGCUCAGAGAUCUGUAACUUGACCAUCCACACUGUAUUGAACCAAUUUCCCUCUCUGCACAUGUGUGUGUGUGCCUGGGAGGAGGAGCUUUGUGACUCUAUUCAAGCACUGGCCACACAAUGCCACCAAAAGCCAGGAGCUCAGCAGAAGAGGAGCACCAUGAUGGACUGGCAGUCAAGCAGUUUAAUAGGCUAUGUACCUGAUGGUGCUGGGUCCUGUCUGGAUCAAGUGACAAUUUGCAUCAGUGAUGCAGUUUGCAACAGGUACCUGGCACCUGUUCUUCAGGCAUGCACGGCACAGCAGUGCGACCGCUGUCAACAAGUGACUCAGCAGUUCUAUGGCAGCAUGCCACGCAAUGUUGCAGAGAUGCUGGUCAUGUGCGAGUGUGAGGCUUCAGAUCAGUUUUGUCUGCCUAUGAAAACUGCUCUGCACAGCGGCACAUGCAGAGAGGAGACCUGGUUCUGCCAGGAUACCGUUAACCAGUGCGUUGAUGACAGUUACUGCAGAGACCUGUUAAGAACUCUCCGAGUCAAAUGCUGGAGCCCUGAAGAAGCACAAUGCAGCGACAGUGACCUCCAGAAUGAUGAAUGCUUUUCCCAGAUGGAUCCAGCUCUCAUGCUUGGUGCUAAUUCUGAAUGUAAAACUGCCUUCUUGGCUACCAUGGGCACAGCACUUCACUAUCCCUGUACAUGCGAAGGAAUGCGCAAUGAUGAUCAUCUGAAGUGCAACAUGAUUCGUGAUGUGUUUCAUAAUAGAUCGCACUUCAAGUCAUCUUGGAAAAGCGGUGGCGGUUCGACUAAACCUCCUGCAACUGAUGAAUCUGAGCAAGGUCUAACAUGGUCACAUGAUUAUCUCCUGUAUGGGUUUGCAACUGUGUUGCUUAUUGGAGUUGUCAUAUUAAUGCCUUUAGCUGUUAUCAGUAAAAUAUGUAUGCUGAAAAGAAGAGAUAAAACAAAAUUUCACCAUCCGAAGAAAAACAAUUGUGUUGUUAUUAUCUGA